UUCCUUUCUACUUCCGGUGCGUUGCGUUCUCGCGUUUCCAGAGACCUGAGGCCGGGGUGGGGGAAGGGGGGGGUCUCGUAUUCUCGCGAGAGGCGGGAAAGAGCGCAGGGUUUGAAAGAUGGCGGACGACGUGGACCAGCAACAAACGACCAACACUGUGGAAGAGCCCUUGGAUCUCAUCCGGCUCAGCCUGGACGAGCGCAUCUACGUGAAGAUGAGAAACGACAGAGAGCUCCGAGGCAGGCUACAUGCUUAUGAUCAGCAUUUAAAUAUGAUAUUGGGAGAUGUGGAAGAGACUGUGACAACUAUAGAAAUUGAUGAAGAAACAUAUGAAGAGAUAUAUAAAUCAACAAAACGGAAUAUUCCGAUGCUCUUUGUACGGGGAGACGGUGUUGUGCUAGUUGCCCCGCCACUGAGAGUUGGCUGAAACGGAGAAUUUAUCCCGUGUGGAAGAUGGCUGUACUGUGAUUGCCGCUUUGAAUGUGGAAGAUAUUCAGGAGAGACCGAUGUACAUCUUGAUACUAAGAAAUAACCAAGAAUUCUUCCACUCCUGAAAUAAGUUGGUUUGUAGAUAACUCACAAAUUCUUCAGCUAAACAGCAUUUUUAUUUUUCUCCAACCUUUCCAAUAAAUGUGGUCACCAAGAUA